UCAGUGGCUAUCCAAGCUCACCAGUACUUGGAUGGUACCUGGUCCCUUUCGAGAACCAAUGGAGUCACCCUGUACCCGUACCAGAUAUCCCAGCUGAUGACCGAAACUGGCCGGGAGGGCCUGACAGAAGCAGCACUGAAUUGUUACAAUGCUGACAAGCCUUCGGCCUGCAGUGUUCCAGCCUCAACCUCCCAGGGCUCUUGUGUUACCAAUGAGACUUCCACGGGCACAUCGGUGGCAGCGUCCUUCUUUGCAAGAGCUGCCCAGAAGUUGAACUUGUCUUCCAAGAAGAAGAAACAUAGACCGUCCACAUCUUCUGUGGCAGAGCCACCUCUCUUUGCUACAAGCUUCAGUGGCAUCCUGCAGGUGUCCUCACCUCCUGCCCCUCCCUGUCUGCUAAGAGCGGUCAACAAAGUGAAGGACACACCUGGCUUAGGCAAGGUGAAAGUCAUGCUUCGCAUUUGUUCUACCUUGUCUCGUGAUUCCUCAGAAUCCAGCUCUUUCUUAAAAGUGGACCCACGGAAGAAGCAAAUCACCUUGUACGAUCCUCUAACCUGUGGAGGUCAAAAUGCCUUCCAAAAGAGAAGUAACCAAGUCCCUCCCAAGAUGUUUGCCUUUGAUGCAGUUUUUCCACAAGAUGCAUCUCAGGCUGAAGUAUGUGCUGGAACCGUGGCAGAGGUGAUCCAGUCUGUGGUCAACGGGGCAGAUGGCUGUGUAUUCUGUUUCGGCCAUGCCAAGCUGGGGAAAUCCUACACCAUGAUUGGAAAGGAUGAUUCCAUGCAGAACCUUGGCAUCAUUCCUUGUGCCAUCUCUUGGCUCUUCAAACUCAUCAAUGAACGGAAAGAAAAGACCGGAGCCCGCUUCUCAGUGCGGAUCUCAGCUGUGGAAGUGUGGGGUAAAGAGGAGAACCUGCGGGACCUGCUCUCUGAAGUGGCUACAGGCAGCCUGCAGGAUGGCCAGUCCCCCGGCGUGUACUUGUGUGAGGAUCCCAUCUGUGGCACACAGCUGCAGAACCAGAGCGAGUUGCGCGCGCCCACUGCAGAGAAGGCUGCCUUCUUCCUGGAUGCGGCCAUCGCCUCCCGCAGGGGCAACCAGCAGGACUGCGACGAGGAAGAUCAUCGUAACUCACACAUGCUCUUCACCCUUCAUAUCUACCAGUACCGGAUGGAGAAGAGUGGAAAAGGAGGAAUGUCUGGAGGCCGAAGCCGCCUGCACCUUAUUGAUCUCGGCAGCUGUGUGAAAGCUCUUAGCAAAAAUAGGGAUGGAGGCUCAGGUCCAUGCCUCUCCCUGUCUGCUCUGGGCAAUGUCAUCCUGGCUCUUGUCAAUGGAAGCAAACACAUUCCAUACAAAGAGAGCAAGCUCACCAUGCUACUGCGGGAAUCCCUGGGGAACAUGAACUGCCGCACCACCAUGAUCGCUCACAUCUCGGCUGCUGCCAGCAACUACGCAGAAACCCUGUCCACCAUCCAGAUUGCCUCGCGAGUGCUCAGGAUGAAGAAAAAGAAAACGAAGUAUACAUCAAGCUCUUCUGGAGGAGAGAGCUCCUGUGAAGAAGGCCGGAUGCGCAGGCCCACCCAGCUGCGGCCCUUCCAGGCUCGGGCAGCCGUAGACUCAGACUUCCCCAUCUCUCAUCUGUCCAGUGACCCCGACUACUCCUCCAGCAGCGAGCAGUCCUGUGACACAGUCAUCUACAUUGGGCCAAAUGGCACCGCCCUCUCUGACAAGGAGCUCACUGACAAUGAAGGACCCCCAGACUUUGUCCCCAUUGUGCCAGCCCUGCAGAAGACCAGGGGUGAUAGCCGGCCCCUGGAAGGUGGAGAGGCAGCGGCCAGCAAAGCUGAAAGGGACUGCUUGAAAUGCAACACAUUUGCAGAGCUGCAGGAGAGGUUGGAUUGUAUCGAUGGCAGCGAAGAGCCCAGUAAGUUCCAUUUUGAAGAGCUGCCUGCUCAUUUUGGAGCAGAGCAGGCUAGCAAGUGUUCCCCUGCAAUUCAAGCAGUGGCAGGGCCUAAUUUGCUCUGCGAGUCUGACAAGGAAGACAUGGGGACCGAGUCUGACAGCCAGAUGAUGAGUAGAGAAGGUGCUGAGCCUCCUGUCUCCAGGUUGCAGAGAAACCACUCGCCCACAGCCAUGCUACUGCAUGGCUCUAGCCCGGCUUCACCCAGGAACAUUCCAGGCAGCAACAGCCAGCACAGUUCUCAGUUGGUGCAGAGUCCUAGCCUCCAGAGCAGCCGAGAAAGCCUCAACUCCUGUGGCUUUGUGGAAGGCAAACCCCGGCCAAUGGGCUCCCCCCGCCUGGGCAUUGCCAGCCUCUCCAAGACCUCUGAGUACAAGCCCAGCAGCUCUCCUUCACAGAGAUGCAAAGUCUACACCCAGAAGGGCGUCCUGCCUUCUCCUGCCCCAUUGCCAUCCUUGAGCAAGGAUUCCUGCAUGGUCUCUAGUGAGUCCCUGUUGCAGCCUGAGGUUCGCACACCCCCUGUGGGCAUGAGUCCUCAGGUGCUAAAGAAAUCCAUGUCUGCUGGGAGUGAAGGGUUUGCCCACAGCCCUGGAGAUGAGGAGAAUCAGGCAGCGACUUCCCCAGAGGCUAAGAAGGAAAUUCUGAGCACCACAAUGGUGACUGUGCAGCAGCCAUUGGAACUGAAUGGGGAGGAUGAGCUGGUAUUCACGCUGGUGGAGGAGCUGACCAUUAGUGGUGUCCUGGAUGGUGGCCGUCCCACCAGCAUAAUCAGCUUCAACAGUGACUGUUCUGUGCAGGCCCUGGCCUCAGGGUCUCGGCCUGUCAGCAUCAUUGGCAGCAUCAGUGAGGACCUAGAAUGCUACUCCAACAUGGCUCCUGUCUCUGAGGUUAGCAUCACACAGUUCUUGCCCCUCCCAAAGCUGAACCUGGAUAACAAGGGCCGUGAGGCUGGGAGCAGACGCUCUUCCAUCAGCUCUUGGUUGAGUGAGAUGAGCACAGGUAGUGACGGGGAGCAGUCAUGCCACAGUUUUAUUGCCCAGACCUGCUUUGGGCAUGGGGAAGCCAUGGCUGAGCCUCCAGCCUCUGAGGUGGGCAACGGCCUCCAGAAUAAGGCCGUAGUAUGCCGAGAGAAGCCCAAAGCCUGCCCCGACAAUUUACUCAUCUUGUCUGAAGUAGGGGAGGAUUCCUUUAACAAAGCAUCCCCCAUCAAAGGCUGUAAGAUAUCUACCUUGGGCAAAGCCAUGGUCACCAUCUCCAAUACAGCCAAUCUGAGCAGCUGCGAAGGAUACAUCCCCAUGCAGACCAACAUCACAGUGUACCCCUGCAUUGCCAUGAGUCCCCGGAAUGUCCAAGAGGCGGAAACAGCUGUAGCCAGUGUCUGCUCAACUCCCAAAGUAUCCCAGGCCCAGGAGAGCAAAGAAACCAAUAAUACCAAGAGAGAGAUGAAAUUUGAGGACCCCUGGCUGAAACGGGAAGAAGAAGUGAAAACAGAGAAUGCUUGUCCCAGUGAAGAAGGGAUCAGGUAUGAGACUGCCUCUGGCUCCCCAAAGCCUGAAGCCAGGGUCGAACAGGAGCAGGACAGAAAGACCAGCUCAGGGGACAGGCUGAGCAGCAGCGGCAGUGAGGUGUCUGCCUCCCCAGUCACUGACAACUUCAGGAGGGUUGCAGAUGGCUGUGAGAUGGUUCUGCCCAGCAUGACCACCCAGAGCCCUGCAUAUCCUGGCAGAAACCUGAAGUCUAGCAGCCUCCCUCGAGCUUUCCAGAAAGGCAGCCGACAGGAGGAUCUAGACAGCCUCUUCUACCACUGUGCAGUGGACACCAACAGCCUCGGCGCCCAGACCUCUAAGGUGGCCCUGGAGAGGAAAGUGGCGUCACCCAAGCAUUGUGUUUUGGCUCGGCCCAAAGGGAUCCCUCCCUUACCCCCAGUCCGGAAGUCCAGCUUGGACCAAAAGAACAGGGCCAGCCCCCAGCACAGUGCAUGCAGCAGUAGCACCAGCAGCCCCUUGAACCAACCAGUGCCCUUCUUGGCGAGUUUCCCAGAAGAGUCCAGCAGCAAGAUGAAGGAUGCCAGCAGCAGUAGCAGCAAACUCUUCAGUGCCAAGCUCGAGCAGUUGGCCAGCAGGACCAACUCCCUUGGAAGGACCACAGUCAGCCACUACGAAUGCCUCUCACUGGAGCGAGCCGAGAGCCUAUCUUCCAUGAGCUCACGGCUCCAUGCAGGCAAGGACAGCACCAUGCCCCGCACUGGCCGGAGCAUGGGUCGCAGUGCCGGGGCCUCGCCCACCAACCCAGGCCCCUCUCCGUGUCCCGGGGCCUUACCCAAAGCCAGCCAGUCCAAGAUCUCAGCUGUGAGCAAACUCCUCUUGGCCAGCCCCAAAGCACGCAGCCUGUCCACCUCCACCACCAAAACUCUCAGCUUCUCCACCAAGUCGCUGCCACAGUCGGUGGGCCAGAGCUCCAACGUGCCACCCAGCGGAAAGCACAUGUCGUGGUCCACGCAGUCUUUGAGCCGGAAUCGGGGCUCAGGCUCAGGCCUGACAUCCAAACUGCCCCUUCGUGCAGUCAAUGGGCGCAUAUCAGAGCUGCUGCAAGGCAGUGCUGGGCCCAGGGGCUUGCAGCUGCGGCCCGGGCCUGAGGCAGAGGAGCGAGGGGGGGUCCCAGAGGACAAGCCUCCCGCGCACCUGCUACCCUCGCCCUACAGCAAGAUCACGCCACCAAGGAAGCCACAUCGCUGCAGCAGCGGCCACGGCAGUGACAACAGCAGCGUGCUGAGCGGGGAGCUGCCCCCGGCCAUGGGCAAGACCGCGCUCUUCUACCACAGCGGGGGCAGCAGCGGCUAUGAGAGCAUGAUGCGUGACAGCGAGGCCACGGGCAGCGCCUCCUCUGCGCAGGACUCCAUGAGUGAGAACAGCAGCUCUGUCAGCGGCAGGUGCCGGAGCCUCAAGACCCCAAAGAAACGCUCCAAUUCAGGUUCUCAGAGACGGAGGCUCAUCCCAGCGCUAUCCCUUGAUACCCCCUCUCCUGUCAGAAAACCUUCUAAUGGUACUGGAGUCCGCUGGGUGGAUGGUCCCUUACGCAGUGCCCAGAGAGGUCUGGGGGAGCCCUUCGAGAUCAAAGUCUACGAGAUUGAUGAUGUUGAGAGGCUACAGCGGCGGCGAGGGGGCAAUAACAAGGAAGUCAUGUGCUUCAACGCCAAACUGAAAAUUCUGGAGCAUCGUCAGCAGAGAAUCGCUGAGGUUCGAGCCAAGUACGAGUGGCUGAUGAAGGAACUGGAAACAACAAAACAGUAUCUGAUGUUGGAUCCCAACAAGUGGCUCAGUGAAUUUGAUUUGGAGCAGGUUUUGGAGCUGGAUUCCCUGGAAUACCUGGAAGCUCUGGAGUGUGUGACGGAGCGCCUGGAGAACCGUGUCAACUUCUGUAAGGCUCACCUCAUGAUGAUCACCUGCUUUGACAUCACCUCCAGGCGUCGGUGAAGAGCUCCCAGCUGCUGGCCCUCCUUCCUGGGAUGCUCAGCCAGUCCCACUACCCACGCCCAGGGGACUGGUGGCUUUCAAAGACAACGUAAGAGGAUGAAGGUUGGUGGCAAGUCCGAAUGGAGUGUGGAGCGGAAGGAAGUUUUUUUC